GCAUGAGAUUGGUUCCGCAAAAUAGCAUCUUGUUCAACGACAAUAUGGUGUACAAUCUGCGUUACGCCAAUCAGACCGUCACGGAGGAAUACUUCAUUGCGGCGUGUCAAGCUUCUCAUAUACAUGAGCGAACUAUGACAUUUCACGGGACGAGUUGAACAUCGACUAGCCGUACUCACCAUCAUAUAUCUCUCGCUUCUAUACUUGCACAAGCCGUACAAUCUCCCCCAGUAUCCGCUACAGGUCUAGUGACCAUCAUCAAAGUUCCACUCAGGCCUCUCCUUCGCCUCACACUGUCACGCCAUCGACGAUGCAUGGUUCUCGUGCCAACGCUUCCAGACGGGAUGUGCUUCAGCAUUUGGGAUAUAUAUGCCCUGGGACCCUCACCAUAGUGGAGCCGGUAUACACAUCUUUAUAUUUUGUGUGCUAGCUUUCAGAGCUGGUGAAGAGUGUGAUUUUUUUCAACUCAUGCUUGUGAAAAGUAGUACAGUUUUGCCAUUUGGUCUUUGUUAUACGUCUCUCGCAACCACAGGUCAUGUCGUUGUUCUUUCAGGGGACGUAUCGAGUGUAUCUAUAGACAUUUGAGAUAGACCUGAUGAGUUUGACCCUAGUAGGUCCGGAAGCAUGAGUUACUAUUGGUGCGAUGUUGUGAUCAAAGGAGCAUAGCACCUACAUGCCACCAGAGGUGUUUCAACCCUUGGUAUGGGUGCGCUAAGAGGAUGAUUGCGAUCCAAGUUAACACAUCCCCUAAUGACUGAACGAUUUCCUCGACGAAUUGCUGGACGAUAGGUGAAGGG